AUUCCAUUGUUUCAUAGACCUAAUUUCACUUCCUCUGCUCUCUCUCCCAGUCUCUCCGCCGGCGGGAAAACUAUGUCGCACUUCGGAAGGUCAGGUCCACCGGAUAUCAGCGACACCUACUCGCUUCUCGUCCUUAACAUAACCUUCCGUACGACUGCUGAUGAUCUCUAUCCUCUAUUCGCAAAGUAUGGAAAGGUCGUUGAUGUCUUUAUUCCCAGAGAUCGAAGGACUGGUGAUUCGCGUGGUUUUGCGUUUGUUCGGUAUAAGUAUAAAGAUGAAGCUCACAAAGCAGUGGAAAGGCUUGAUGGAAGAGUUGUCGAUGGCCGAGAAAUAACUGUUCAGUUUGCGAAAUAUGGGCCAAAUGCUGAAAAG